AUGAGCAAAGCCUCGCCUUACAGAGGUAUUAACUCGACCUCGUCGUCGGUGUCGCCUCGGUUCAGAAAGCUGUCCAUUUUCGUCGGACUCGUGUUGGGUCUGAUUUUGUUCAGAUUUUCGACCGGAUGGUCUAUCAACACAGAAGACCAAAUCAUCUCCGAGGCACUCAACAACUUUUACAGACUUAAUCCUAAAUCCCGCGGUGCUAAUCCAUAUGAUGCUGCAGUGACCGCAGACAGACUUGCUAAAUUCUUCCCAUUUGACAACAGUGCCAGAAGAAUCGAAAAGAACAUCUGGCAAAUGUGGAAAGUUCCAUCCACCGACCCAGAUUUCCCGCACAGAGAGCUGGUUAACAAGUGGAAGAACGAGAACCCAACCUACAAGUACAACCUGCUCACAGACGAGCAGAUUUUGGAGGUUUUGAAAAUCCGUUUCAAGGACACCGUUCCUGAGGUGUUGGAGGCGUUCGAGAUGCUCCCAAACAAGAUUAUCAAGUCCGACUUUUCUAGAUACUUGUUGAUUUUCCUGAACGGAGGAGUCUAUGGAGAUAUUGACACGGACUUGCAGAAACCGGUCGAUGCGUGGUUCGACUCUGAUAGAAAUGUGGGUUUCGUGGUGGCUGUUGAAGAGGACAUUAACGUUGAGAACUGGCAACACUACAUGACCAGAAGAAUCCAGUUCGAACAAUGGACAUUUAAGGCCAAGGCCAGACAUCCUAUUCUCAGAAAAUUGAUUGCCAAGAUUGUGGAAACCACUUUCCAGGCCAAGAAGAACGACAAACUGCAGGCAUACUACAAAGAUUUCAAGGGUGUUGACAGAUGUUCUUCCGUGGACAUUAUGGAAUGGACCGGACCUGUUGUUUGGACUGACACCAUCUACGCUCACUUGAACUCUAUCGAGAGUCCAACCAUCGUUGAUAUUGACCACCAAAGAGACAUUGUUGGAGAGCUUUACGGACCUGAAACUGGAGAAGGAGACGUGAUAUCUUGGAGAUUCUUUGCUGGUUUAAGAGCUCCUGUCAUGAUUGACGAUGUUGUUAUUUAUCCAAGAGCUUCUUUCAGAGAGGACAAGGAAAACAACUGUGGAAAAUACUGUUAUGUUAACCACCAUUUCGGUGGUUCUUGGAAGAACAAUGGUAAGGGUGAAAUUAAACCAGGUAUGGAAGGAUUUGAAGGAGACGAUCCUAAUGAAAUCGAGCAACUCAGAAAGAGUGACGUCAGCAAGAGAGACGUCAUUCCUGGUGAGCCUGAACAGGAAGCUGCUCCUGUCAAGUUGGCCAAAAGAUGCUCGCAUCCAUACACUCCUUACUGA